AUGACGUCCUCUACUAUGUUGGUCUUGCUGAUCCUUUGCCAUCUCUCGACGACUUCCUUAUCCGAGGAAUAUUACGAUGUUCAUUACUGCGAUAUUAUGGGGUAUUUAGAUUCAAAAAUAAAGAAACCUCUGCAAAAAGCAAUCAAAGCACGGGUCAAUGCCACGUUGUUGAGCUACGACUGCUUUUUGGAAGACGCAGCUGGUGCGGAUUUUAUCAACUCCAAGCAACACCUAUCGUGGGAUAGCAUUCGGCCGCCAGUACUUCGAGAUGCUGAAGAGCAAAGAUACGAAGAAGUGGCGGGAGGAGUACCUCUGUUUUAUGCUGACGACACUGUUAUCUUGGAAUUCGUUGAAAGAGCCGCGAAGGAAUGGGAGGAGUACCUGAAAACGCUGAAACUCACACACUACUAUGGGUGCAACUACGACAACAGAAUGAAGGACGGAACAUAUAAAGACAUACUUGUUUGUCUUUUCAGUAAAUGA